CUGUGUGUGGCUUAACCUACACUUCUGAAGAGGGUUUGUUCCACCAACUCUCUUCCUCUACCUUUCUUGAUAGGUAGUAGGUUUCCAUGUGAGGAUAGGGAUGAAUAGUAUAUGGAUAGUGCCAAAGAGACUGUCAUCAGAGGCUAGCCCUCAGUGGGUAAAGGUUAUUGUGUAGUUUGACUCCAUCAACCAGCUGGCGCAAUGGACGUUUUCAACAGAAACAUAAAUUUUGAUGCCCUCUUCAAAUUCUCCCACAUCUCCACAUCAACCCAGCAGCACCUGAAGAAGGUCUAUGUGAGCUUUGCAUUGUGCAUGUUCCUCGCAGCCGCUGGAGCCUAUGUCAAUGUGGUGACUCAGCUGGUGCAGUUUGGACUGCUGACUGGCCUGGGAGCCUUGGGUCUCAUGAUCUGGCUGAUGGCCACACCCCACAGCCGGGAGACAGAAGAGAAACGGCUGGGCAUGCUGGCAGGCUUUGCCUUCCUCACUGGAGUCAACCUAGGACCCCUGCUAGAGAUGUGCAUUGCUAUCAACCCCAGCAUAAUUCCAACUGCUUUCAUGGGCACAGCAGUGAUCUUCAGCUGCUUCUCCUUGAGCGCUCUCUAUGCCAAGCGCCGUGCCUAUCUGUACCUAGGAGGUGUCCUGUUCUCUGGCCUGUCCCUGAUGCUCUUCUUCUCUCUGAUCAACAUUUUCAUGGGCUCAACUUGGCUCUUCACAGCUAACCUCUACAUUGGACUUAUGGUGAUGUGUGGUUUUGUGCUGUUUGACACUCAGCUCAUAAUUGAAAAAGCUGAGAAUGGAGACAAGGACUACAUUUGGCACUGUGUGGAUCUCUUCCUGGAUUUUGUCAACAUCUUCCGGGAGCUCAUGGUCAUCCUGGGCAUGAACGAGAACAAGAAGAAGAAGGAGAAGUGAAGGACCGCUGGAUGCUUGUGUGGAAUCUCCCGUUUUCUUAUCCCUCUUUUUUGCCUCCUCCUCGCUUCUAUCCAACCUGACCUGUAUUAAAGGUGUCCCCCAUCCCACCCGUUAUUCUGUGUGAAUGAGAAGCAUCUGUGACACUUUCAUACUUGGUGGAAUUUAUUUUCUCAGUUUUUGAGCCUUUUUGAAAAGCUAACUGGCUGAUCCUAAUGCUGGAGUCUGGCUUUGGUCCACUUUCUGUAUGUACACCAAUAAACCCUGUGUAACUCUCGUUGCUCAGAUCCAUCCUAUUGGGAGUGGCCCUACAGCUUUUGCUGGCCAGCCUUCCUCACCUCUUUUCUGCCCUCCUCCCCAGCACACUGAGAGCAGAGUGGCAGAGGCAAGCUCACCCCAGCAGUUUCUGCUGCCGGUGAAGAGAUAAUGGUUAUGAGAUGUGCCCUUGCCAGGCAGAUGGUGAGUGCAGAUCCUUGCUAGAGGCCGUUUUGUCUGGGAAGUGGCCGAAAUGAAAUAAGAUGCACCCCUAUGCACAUGCCCCAUCUGAGCCUUAGUUCUGCUACUGAGUAAAGAAACCUACCUCUGGUGAAAAAGAAGCGGUUUCUUCUGGCACGCAUCUUGACUUUCAGCAACUAAGGCAAGUAGUCUUUGGAGUCAGUGGUCAGUCUGGGAAAAGGAUCUGUGCGGUUUUAUGCCUGUGUAGCUUUGGCUUUGGUUUUGCUGAGUGGCAGUGAACCCAUUGGUUCGGAGUUGAGGGCAUUAUUAUGCCCAGUCUAGAUUCAUGAGGCUUGCCAGGAGCAGGGACUCUAGUUGAGCAGGGCAGCUCUGAUCAAGGGUGUCUGUGCCAUCCCUUCUAUUAAUGUCUGCAGGGGAAUUUGUUGGAGGUACCAGCUGCCUGUGAGGCAGGAAGAAGAGCAACUCUUGCCUAAGGUGGAAUUUGUGCAUGAAAAGAGUUCUGUGUACAAGUGUGUUAAGAAACCUUAAAAGCUUCCACGGCAGCAAGCCAGGUAAUGUUUCUCUUUCCCUUCUUGACGCCCGAAGCCAGACUUCAGUUUUGCUUGCUUUGAGAGAAUAAAAUAUAUAUAUUCUUCUCCCCCCCCCCUCUUCUUCUUCCUCUCUUCUCCCUCCUUUGGAACCAGUGCCAAGAAUUAAACUUUGAGAGAUCUACUUUAUAGAGACCUUGUCUAACAGGUUUUAAUACAGUAAUGACUUAAACUCUGUCGCUCAUUGGAUGUCCAGCUUUAGCUGCAUUCGUUGGACUCCUACCGUGAAGAGACAGGGUUUUUAAACAACAAAAAGGUGUUUUGAUUCAAAUAUGAAAUUUACAUUGUCUUGCUUUGUACGGGGAAAGAAAAUAUUAAAAUAAAAAUCCUCAAACUUUAACCUUUA